GUUAUUCUGCGCAGCCCAAUUCUUCCAGUUGUGUUCCGAAUCUUGAGUCGAAUAGCGGUCGUGGUGCUUUCCGUGUUUGUUAUUUUUUACUGUUGCACGCUGUUAUCUUGUUCGAAUCGUUCUUGAUGUCAGUUUGUUGAAGAAUGAUGGAAAGAGGCUAGUCGUAAUUCACUAGCUGCAGGAGCGAGACAUAUUUGAUCUUCGGAUAUUUUGCGUUGCGGUUUAAAUUUCUGACAUUGAAUGGAUAUGCAGUGUGUAGUUGAGGAAGAAUUCAUAUUGUGAACCGGGAGAUCGAAAACCGUUAUAACCAUAUGUUGCCUAGUUACGCUUUUGCUUAGCCAACAAAUGUUCAGUUUUACGGUGGUUUAAGAAAGGCCAGACUUGUUGCUGGCAUGACCAGAAGGGACAAACCAUUGGCAGGUUAUUUUUAGUUCAGAUUAACACAAAAUGGAUUUCCUGAAGCGAUGCUUCAUAAAACGGCCAUCGCCGGAAGACUUGGCCGACGGGUUGGAGACAGCAUCGGAAUACACCGCCCGCUGGAACUCGAUUCGAAUCAUUUACUACACGAUGUUUCUGAUGUCCCUUGGGUUCAGCAUCAUUCUGACCGGGGUUUGGCCUUAUUUAGACAAGACCCUCACGCCGGGAAGGAGUUCAUGGGCUGGAUUGUCGGGGCCAAUCCGGUGGGGCAGAUGAUCUUCAGUCCCUUGGUUGGCUGGUGGAGUAAUAGACUGGGUUCCAUUAGACUGCCGUUGCUGUGUUCGCUGGCACUGUUCUCGAUUGCCAGUGGGAUUUAUUCCACUCUGGAUGUGUUCAGUUCGCACCACAAGUAUUGGAUGUUGUACUCGCGCUUUCUGAUCGGCGUGAGCUCUUCUAGUAUUGCCGUUUGCCGGUCAUAUUUAUCGGCUGCAACCAAGGUCAAGGAACGCACGGGGGCCGUUUCAAUGGUCUCCUUAGCGCAGACCCUAGGGUUCAUCGUGGGACCGGCUUUGCAAGGCAUAGUCACUCCUCUGGGGGAUCAGGGUUUCCCGUUGUUCAAGAACAAGUUGCAUCUCAACAUGUACACCGCUACUGGCUGGAUAAACGUUAUGAUGGGAAUUUUGAAUUUUUGCUUAUUUCUGCCGUUCAUCUUCAAAGAGAAGCGAAUCGCUGCUAGGGAAGCAAUGAUCAAGCAAGGAGUUGAAUCGGAAAAGGAAACCUGGAAGACAACGAAGCCUGAUUACGUAUCUGCCUGGUCGCUGAUUUUUGCGUUCUUCAUUUUGGUGUUCAAUUUCGUAUUUUUGGAAACGUUAGCAACUCCACUCACAAUGGACAUGUUCGCGUGGACCAAGGCCGAAGCCCUGUAUUAUAUGGCUUGGGUAAUGGCAGUGGGAGCAAUUGUGGCUAGCGCCACAUUCGUCAUGAUUGGACCGCUUUGCAAGAAAUUCCCGGAGCACAGCGUUCUACUGUGGGGAGGUUUCUUCCUGAUGGUUCUUGGACGGGCGGUGUACAUACCGAUGGACGACAAACCUCCAAAGUUAGCGAUCCCGGAUAACACAACAGCUUUGUUCGACACCUCCGGAGACACAUACGUGUAUGGAUCGAAUUUCACAGAAGUUAUCUCGAACAUGUCUCGAGAGGAUUUGGAAACCGAAACUCAAAUCAAUACGCUGAUGGAACCCGAACUGUUGGGGUGCCCACCAUCGCAGGAGUGGUGCAAAACUACGAGAGGAAUGACUAUAUCACAGUUUCUUCUCGGUUAUGCCUUCACGGCCAUCGGAUAUCCUAUCGGGGUGACACUGAUAACGACUAUCUUUUCAAAGAUCCUCGGACCAAGGCCACAGGGCACUUGGAUGGGAAUAAUGACUGGGUCCGGCUGCCUUUCGCGAGCCAUGGGACCGGUGUUUUUGUCAACGAUUUACACCAAGCUGGGUCUGUAUUGGACGUUUGGCUCUACGGCUCUGAUGAUGGCGGGCACGAUGUUGUGGCUUUGGUUGGUUCGGCAUCGUUUAAUCCCAUCGGAAUAUGAAAACCCACUUGACGGUAGGGAAUUGCAACCAAUGGACAAGAAGAAAGAUCAUGGAAUAGCAGAUCCGGCAGAGGUGGAAAAGCUCAACAGCGAAGUAGCACAAAUUAAUGAGAAAGUUUCCGGUAGCUGACAGUAUUUCAGGACAAUUGCGUUGAUAGUGUGAAAUUUAAGACAUUAUUUAAGUAGAAGCGUUUUUCUUGUGUUUUUGUGUUUGAAACUCAAAAGCACUGAACCUAGCAAUUUUUACAGUUGAACAAUAAAAUGUUACAAACUUGUUUAUAAA